AUGGCGGCCCAAACGUCCUUAGCGGAUCUCACGGCGGACUGCUUCGCGCACUGCUGCCGAUGGCUCUCUCCGCGGGACCUCGUAAACCUCUCCUUUUGCUGUUCGUCACUUCGCCAGCUGUCGAAUAGCGAUGCAGCGUGGGCAUGCCACGUGGCACAUCAGUGGACGCCAUCCCGCCAGGCCGCGUCCUGCUCGGGAUUCCGCCAGGCCUUCAUAGAGCGCCACGUGGCAGCACAGAAGCUGCAGAUCGCCGACCCUGCCACGUGUGCAUGGCUCCUCAUCAGGAAGGGCGCAGCUGUCAGCGCCUCAGCUGGCAGCAGGGCUCACGGCUCACAAGGGGUGCAUCACAUCACAGCGCUACUCCCAGUGGACCUCUCGCCCUUCCCUGCUGCCCUCCUUCAUGACUCCUGCCCCACCCACCCAACCACCUCACCUCCCUUGCGCGCAGGGCUCCAACGUUCUCCUGUGGAGGGCUCCAAGCACAGCACCGGCAGUAAGGGUGAAGCUAUCAGCCCCCCGGCUGUCAGCAGUGCUCACGGCGCACAAGGGGCGCAUCACCACACUUCUCCCUCUGGACCUCUCGCCCUUCCCUUCCCUUGUGUGAAGGGCUCCAACAUUCUCCUGUGGCAGGCAGCAGCAGCAGCAGCAGCAGCAGCAGCAGCAGUAGGAAGGGUGCGGCUAUCAGGGCCUGGCCUAUCAGCGGUGCGCACUCCCACUGGACCUCUCGCCCUUCCCUUCCCUUGUGUGCAGGGCUCCAACAUUCUUCUGUGGAGGGCUCAAAGCACAGCAGCAGUAGGAAGAGAGCAGCUAUCAGCAGUGUUCCCGGCGCACAAGGGACGCAUCACAGCGCUGCUCCCGGUGGACCUCUCGCCCUUCCCUGCGGCUGCCCGCCUCGUCCCGCCCCUCCCGUCCCACACCUUCCUCCUCUCCACCAGCCUGGACCGCACUCUACGCCUCUGGGGCAAGGCACCUCACAUCCUUGCUCCUUCCCAUUGCUCCUGCUUCUCUUCCGCACUUUCCCCUCCCACCCAGGCCACCUGUCUGCGCACCUUCUCAGGGCACACAGGCCCCAUCCUCUGCCUCUCAGACCGCAUCAUAGGCAUCUCACAUCCUUGCUCCUUCCCAUUGCUCCUGCUUCUCUUCCGCACUUUCCCCUCCCACUCAGACCACCUGUCUGCGCACCUUCUCAGGGCACACAGGUCCCAUCCUCUGCCUCUCAGACCGCAUCAUCGGCACCUCCCACCCGUGCACGGGGAGCAACAGCGAUGCUUCGAGCACAACCCUCCCUUCCUCCUGGCCAGUGUUGCCCGAGACGCCAAAGUAUGGCUGUUCCUUCACUCACUCUUCUCACACUCUCCUCUCAACCUCACCACCUCCCCAUCCCCGUCGCCCUCCCCUUCACCUCUCGUCCUCCCUCUCAUGCCAGGCACAACCCCUUCCUCCUGGCCAGUGUUGCUCGAGACGCAAAGGCUGUGGCGCUUGGGGCAGGUGCGGGAGGAAGGGGCAGCGGAAGGAAUAGACACUGCAGGAGCAGCCGGGGCAGGAGGGCAGUUCUCAGCAGCAGGCAUGCGAGAAUCUAAAGUGCUUUCAAAUUGCUGCCAGUCAGGACAGGUUGAGUUCAAGCUUCUCGCCUGCUCGAAAGCGCAUAACAGUACAGUGGAUUUACUGUACGUUGACGGUUAUAAAUGCAUCAGUGGGAGCCGAGGGGACGGAGUGUUGUGUGUGUGGGAUGUGGAGACUGGGGAGGAGAUUCGCACAUUGGACGCUACUGCUCUUCCCCCUUGGAUGGUGGAUACUACAGAUGAUGCAAGUGAGCAGGGUGAUCAUGGUGGCGGUGGUGCUGGUGGUGAUGCUGGUGGUGGUGGUAACCUUACAAAUGCUGGUAACCACAGGGAUCUAACAACAGGCGGUGAUAUCGUUGAUGCUGCGACUGCUGGCGAAACUAGGGGCAAUGCUUCGACCGAGACUGAGGGCUCUGACUGGGAGGAGGAUGCAACAGCAGGUGAUAGAGGAGGUUGA